CAGCCCUUCUGUCAUCUCACUGCCACACUGCCUUCCAGCUCAGCCACACGUCUCUGUGACUCUAACCACCAGGAGUGGGGAUUUCCGAGAUUCCUCCCACACGGAGCAAGUACUCCCCACCUCACCUCCAAUCCACAGAACGCAUCCGGAUCCCACAGCAGGAUCAAAGCCAACAUUUCUCGGCUCCGUUUGCCCCAAUCGGAUCAGGAAGAGGUGAAUCCGAACUAAGGCUGCUGAUGCUUCAGAAUGAUGAUGAAAACCGUCCUAUUGAUGCUCCUCAGCAUCCCCCAGGGAGUUGUCUACUCAUGGUGGAAUGUCCGAACACCACAGAACAUCAUGGCCUCGGACGGUUCCUGUGUGCGGAUCCCCUGCAGCUUCGAUCAUCCAGCAAGCCAUCCGCUCACUGAGGUGAAGUGGUUGAAAGACAACAAGACUCAUGGGACCCUUGUCAUCAACUCCAAAAGGCAAUCAGACCCUCAGUUCCAGCAGAGAGCUCGCCUCUACCCACAGUGGGAAACUGAGAAAGACUGCAUGUUAACUAUUACUAAUGUGACCCGUAGGGAUGUGGGCCGGUACUACUUCAGAAUGGAGGACAGCAGUGGUGAGAAGUUUUCUGGACGAAAUGGAGUCCUGGUAAAUGUAUCAGUUGUGUCCAACUUGCCAAUGAUUUCCACACCCGAGGAGAUCACCGAGGGAGGGGCGGUGACGUUAACUUGCUUUGUGAGAUACGGCUGCCCAGGUCACCUGACAUGGACGGGUGCAGACGGAUUGGCUGAACAAUCUUCAACAGAAGCUCAGAGCGCGGACCUGAACGUCGAGUCAACCAGCCUCUCUCUGAGAUUUGUCGCUUCCUACCGGGACCACGGCAGGACGCUGAGCUGUGAGCAUUCGUCCUCACUGGGAAAACCUCCGUCCCAAACCAUCACCUUAAACGUGAAGUAUGCUCCCAGGUUUGCUCACCUCACCCUCUCUCCCUUCAAGACCAUCGGUUCCCAUGACUCUGUCACAUUGGAGUGUGUGGCCGGGGACAGUAACCCUCCAGUAACAGGAUACAGAUGGUAUCAGUCAAAUAGUGCAAGUUCCCAGACAUCAGGUCGAACAUAUCAGAUCUACAGAGCUUAUGAAGACACGGAGUACGGGUGUGAAGCCAUCAAUUCAGUAGGAAAAGCCGCCUCUGAGAGAACUAAACUGCCGGUGUAUGGGAGUAAUAACUGGGCAGUGUGGACCCCCCUCUCACUCCGUGCCCGGGAAGGGUCCUGUGUGAUCAUCCCCUGCCUGUUCCACAUUCCUGGAUUCAGAAGGAGAUACCCGACGGACGCUGGAAUCUGGUUCAAAGACCAGAAUUACAAAGGGACUCCAGUAUAUCACACUUCAAGUGGGAUCAGCGGGAAUUAUACAGGACGGGUCGAGUUCCUGGGAAACAUGCAGAGUGAAAACUGUUCAUUGAAGAUCGGGAAUUUAAAAGAAUCCGAUAGUGGGAAGUAUUAUUUCCGGAUGGAAGCAUCGGCUGGUAAAUGGUCGGAUCCAAUCGGUUUCACACUCCUGGUAUCUAGGAGUGCGGAGAGACCGGUGAUCGAGGUACCUGAGCGAGUGGUGGAGGGAGAAGCCGUAUCUCUGACCUGCUCUGUUCACACUUACUGCCCUGAGGACACUCCUGUGUUUGAGUGGCACCUCCCUGGUUUCAACGAUCCUCAGGUGACUGGGGAAGAAUCCCAGGUUUUCCAGGAUUACCACUGGAUUUAUUCCCACACUGUGGUGUACACACCAACGUCUGAGAAUUCCUGCCAGGCAGUGAAAUGUGCGGCCAACUUUGGAUCCGAGACACGAGAAACGGAGAUCUCACUGGAUGUGAAGAAUCCUCCUCGAAAUGUUACCAUCUCACUGUCAGUAAACGAGCGAACAGAUACUCAGAAUAUUAAGGAAGGGGACAGAGUUGUCCUCAAUUGUAACUCUGCCUCAGCUAACCCAGCAAUCAGUGAGUACACCUGGUACAAAGAUGGAACUCAAGUCUGGACAGAAAGGAGUAACAGCAUCCAGUUUCUAUCAAUAUCUCACACCAAUUACGGGACGUACAUCUGUCAGGCUUCCAAUGAAGUGGGCAGCAACCGGUCAGCGGAAUUCACAGUGACGGGCAAGGCUCGACCUCUGGGCGUUCACAUUGAGUACCACGUCAAUGGCGUACAGCUCAUAGCGCCAGCAACUAUGAGAGAGAAUGAUCAGCUGACUCUGACCUGUGUCAGCACCAAGAGUGACCCACCGGUCUCCAGUUACUCCUGGUUACUAAACGACUGGAGUAAGGUGAGCCAAAAUCAGGAGCUGCGGUUUGACAGGAUUAGCCGACAAGAGAACAGCAAGAGAUAUGAAUGUCAGGCUCAUAAUGAGAUUGGAACAGGAAGCUCGGAGACCAUCACCAUCCACGUACAGUACGCUCCCACCAACGUGAGAAUCACAACUCCCGCUGGUGCUCCUGUUGGUCAGUCCAUCACACUGUGGUGUGAAUCUGAUGCCAACCCAGAGCCAGACAACUACAGAUGGAGGAAGGAGUGUGGUUCUUCAUCAGUUUAUCUGCAAUGUUAUUCUCAGUAUUGUCAUCUGUGGAUUACAUGGGCGGACAUCUCCUGUGAUUAUUACUGCACUGUGAGGAAUUCCAUCGAUGAAAAGGAAUCUCCACCCAAACGCAUCAAUGUACAGUAUGCUCCCACCAACAUGAGAAUCACAUCUCCCGAUGCUGCUCCUGUUGGUCAGGACAUCACACUGUCCUGUGAAUUUGAAGCCAAUCCAGCAGCGUACUAUUUCAGCUGGAGGAAGGUGUGUGGCUCCCAGUCAACAAAGCCGUGGGAAACAAGUAAAAGUUACAGAUUGCGUGUUCAAAUGGAGGAUGCCUCCUGUGUCUAUCACUGCUCCGCAAAGAAUUUAAUCGGGGAACAGGAGUCUCCAGGCAAACGCAUCAAUGUUCAGUAUAAACCCAAAGAUGUGAAAGUCCUGUCCAAUGAUUCUGUGGUCGAGGGAUCACAGGUUACGUUACGAUGUGAGAGUGCCGGGAAUCCACCUGCAGACACCUACCAGUGGAAGAAGGUGUGUUCCGGGACGGAGAUGAGACUCGAAGGAUCCACACGUGAGCUUCGGAUCCAGGUCUCAAUCGAGGAUGAGUCCUGUGACUAUUAUUGCAGAGCUGGGAAUGUGAUUGGAGGUCAGGAUUCCGAACCCAAACGUUUCCACAUUCAGUAUGGCCCGAAAGAUACGAAGAUCAUGUCCAGUGAAUCGUCGGGGCGAAUCCGAGAAGGAAAGUCUCUGAACCUGACGUGCGAAACGAGGGCCAGACCGCCCGCUCAGUUCUCCUGGUACAGAGAUCCCGGGAGAAAUCUGGCUCUGCCAAGCGGCGGCCAGCAGCUAACCUUCAACCCAGUGAGUUCCAGCGACUCUGGGAACUACGUUUGCGGAGCCACCAACAGAAUCGGGAGCGGCCGCUCAAAAUUCUUCCUGCUUGACGUGCUGUAUGGUCCGAGGAAGACCGAGAUUUCUGCUUCUGCGCCACCUGAACAGGUCCAGGAAGGAGACAACAUCAGCCUGACCUGUCAGAGUGACAGCAAUCCUCCCAUCAGCUCUUACCGAUGGUACCGGAGUAACGGGGUGACCAACGCCACCGUGGGGUCGACAAGCAGCUACCUUCACCUCGUGACGAUCACUCAGCAACACGACGGUGUCUAUUACUGUGUUGCCAUGGCCGACUCCAGGAGCCAGGUGUCUGAGGGAAUUAGGAUCAGGGUCUCCUAUGGCCCGAAAGAUACGAAGAUCAUGUCCAGUGAAUCGUCGGGGCGAAUCCGAGAAGGAAAGUCUCUGAACCUGACGUGCGAAACGAGGGCCAGACCGCCCGCUCAGUUCUCCUGGUACAGAGAUCCCGGGACAAAUCUGGCUCUGCCAAGCGGCGGCCAGCAGCUAACCUUCAACCCAGUGAGUUCCAGCGACUCUGGGAACUACGUUUGCGGAGCCACCAACAGAAUCGGGAGCGGCCGCUCAAAAUUCUUCCUGCUUGACGUGCUGUAUGGUCCGAGGAAGACCGAGAUUUCUGCUUCUGCGCCACCUGAACAGGUCCAGGAAGGAGACAACAUCAGCCUGACCUGUCAGAGUGACAGCAAUCCUCCCAUCAGCUCUUACCGAUGGUACCGGAGUAACGGGGUGACCAACGCCACCGUGGGGUCGACAAGCAGCUACCUUCACCUCGUGACGAUCACUCAGCAACACGACGGUGUCUAUUACUGUGUUGCCAUGGCCGACUCCAGGAGCCAGGUGUCUGAGGGAAUUAGGAUCAGGGUCUCCUGGAGUAACACGAGAAAGGUCGCCGUAACGAUAACAUCCAUCAUCAUCAUUAUCCUGAUCAUAAGCAUCGUUGGAUUCCUUUAUUUCAGAUGCAGGAAGAAACGGCUUGACUCCUUCAGGCAGUGGAGCACAGAUGCCACCAAUGUGGUCUACAGCGUGGUCAACAAACCCAAGCCCAAGGAGACAUUGGUGUAUGAGAACAUGGUACUGACUGAGAAUGCCCGCUCCCAUGGGCACUCCACCCCAGAGGAAGGAAUCCAUGCCUCUGUCACCUUCCGGAAGGGAUCCAACCAGAAAGCGAGUGACGCAUACACGGAGCUGGCUUGGUGAGUGGAUGAGCAGGACAGAAUCGGUCAAUCCAUAGAAAUUGUAAAAACUGCCCCAAUCCCCAGAAGUCUGUCCCCCAUCUACAGGUCAGGAGUGUGAUAGAUGCUCUCUCCUUGCCUGGAUGGAGUUAGUCCACACACUCAAUAUGCACUUCGAUUUGCAGGUAAAUUGGAAAAAUCAGACUGGUACUGAUUCACAAGGAAAGGAAUUUGUAGAAUGCCUAUGAGAUGACUUUUUAGAACAACGUGUGGUUCAGCCCACUGGGGGUGGCAAUUCUAGAAUGGGUGUUACUUAAUGACACCGACUUGAAUAGGGAGCUUAAGGUAAAGGAACCCUUUGGAGGCAGUGAUCACAUGAUAGAAUUCAUCCUGCAGUUUGAGCAGGAGAAUCUAAAAUCAAGUGCAUUGGUCUUACAAUGGGGUAAAGGAGUCUACAGAAACAUGAUAGAGGAGCAGGCCAAAGCUGGAAGGGGGCACUAGCAGGGAUGAUGGCA